CAAGACAUAAGCAAAGCUAGACAAGCAAGGAAGCAAUGACUGCAAAUGUGGAUAGCCAGUCCUUUGGCACAGUACACUACUCCAAUGUCUACCUCUCCAUAUUCGCUCUGUUUUGCAUCAAGCUCUUUGUCAAGAUCAGCCUGAAUAUUCUCACCCACUUCUAUGUGGUGAAGGGGAAUCGGAAGGAGGCUGCCCGCAUUGCAGAAGAGUUUUAUGAUUUUGGACAAGGGCACAGGUCAUGGGCGGACCGGUCCCCUCUCCACGAGGCAGCGUGUCAUGGCCGUCUCCUGGCCCUCAGGACCCUACUCUCACAGGGUUACAACGCAAACAUCCCUACCAUAGACCAUGUGACGCCGUUGCAUGAGGCUUGCCUGACAGACCACGCGUCAUGCGCCAAGGCGCUUGUCGCAGCUGGUGCCAAUGUAAAUGCCACCACCAUUGAUGGGGUGACGCCACUGUUCAAUGCCUGCUCAGCGGGCAGUGCCACCUGUACAGAGGUACUGCUGGAAAACGGUGCCAAGCCCCAGUCAGAGAUGUGCCAGCCCUCGCCCAUACACGAAGCCUCCAGCAAAGGCAGAAGUGCUUGUCUGGAGGCGCUGAUCACAUGGGGAGCAGACGUGGACUAUGAUAUUCCUCACCUAGGAACCCCCCUGUACAUCGCCUGCAUCUCCUCAGGACUCCAGUGCACACAGAAACUCCUCGAAGGAGGGGCCAAUGUGCAGAAGGGCAGGUUCCUGGAGAGCCCGCUCCAUGCAGCAGCUCAGAAGGACUGUCCUGAGAUCAUCAAUGUGUUGUUAGAGUUUGGAGCGAACAUUAACGCUAAAAACCUAGAGCUGAAGAGACCAGUGGAGUCAGCCCCACCUAACAGCUCAGCAGAGGAGACGUUACUGCUGUAUGAAGCAACACCUCAGUCACUAUGUCAACUGUGUCGUCUCAGUGUCAGAGGUUAUAUGGGUCGAUCUCGACUACACCUCAUCCCUCAGUUACACCUCCCCAACCCUCUCAAACGCUUCCUCCAGUACAGAUAGAACACAACGCUCUCUGUCUGUCUGUCUGUCUGUCUGUCUGUCUGUCUGUCUGUCUGUCUGUCUGUCUGUCUGUCUGUCUGUCUGUCUGUCUGUCUGUCUGUCUGUCUGUCUGUCUGUCUGUCUGUCUGUCUGUC